AUACUAGUACUACACACGAAAAGUAGUCUUAGAGUAAGUAGGUACCUCGGCAUUUACUCAUAGUACAUAGUAUUACUUACUGGUACUUACUCUAUGGUGUGGCAGUGAAUGUCAACGUGUAUGGUGUUGUGUGUUGACAAAUGCGUAAAAUAAUAAAUGAAAAUACUUUUGGCGCAAAAUUGUUCAUACAUACAUUUAUUUUACCUUUUGCUAUUGUGUUAAAUUGUGGACAUACUUAAGAUUCAUUUUAUCGACACAUUUAUUUUAUUUGUGAUAUCCUGAAUUUGACGUUUUUUAGAAACUGGGUAACUAUGUCGCGCCAAGUAGAUCUUAGUUUAGCAAGAUUAAUAGAUGGAUUCGGAUUAGAAGGGGACGAACAUGAUUUUUGUGAUUUUACUAUUGCCGAUCAAAAUUCAGUUGCAGAAUCUCAGGGUAUAACACCCACAACUCCAUCAAAUUUUAAACCUGUCCUUGGCGGCAACGUCACCUAUGUGGUCGCGUGUGUCAUCAUUAAUGAAUCGAAUGAAGUUUUGAUGAUGCAGGAAGCGAAAGAAAGUUGUGCCGGUAAAUGGUAUUUACCUGCAGGACGUAUGGAGAAGGGAGAGACUAUUGUCCAAGCCACCAUCAGAGAAGUUUUAGAAGAAACCGGAUUACAGUGCGAUCCAAAAACUCUCCUGGUUGUGGAAACUGCGGGCGGAAUGUGGUACCGGUUUGUUUUGACUGGAGACGUGAUUGGAGGAGAACUAAAGACACCUGCAAGUGCUGAUAAGGAAUCUUUGCAAGCAAAAUGGAUUGGUAAUUUACAAGAAAUAACUUUGAGGUCAAAUGACAUCAUUCAUCUUAUAGAAAAGGCCCGUCUAUACAAACAAAGCAAAUCAACUGGAACUUGGCACAAAGACAUUUUGCCAGCUUCAACUCCACAUGUUAAAGAUCUAUUGAGGCUCAUAGUUGUUAUAAAGAAAAGAAGUACAAAUAAAUUACAUGUAUUGUUAAGUGAAAAAGCUGCAUUACAUUUUCCGAUGUGUGAAAUUAACCCAGCUAAGAGUGUACAUUCCACAUUGAGAAGAUUUAUGGUGGAGAUGUUUGGUGCAGAUGUUAGUCAACAUAGGCCCUUGGGACUGCUUAAUGUGGAGGCAGACCCAUCUGCAGAUGGCUGUUGCCUCACCCUUCUAGUUGCAUUCAGGUCUCCACUGGAAGAAGUGCCAUUGAUUGGAAAAUGUGUUUGGCAAGAAGUGUCACAGGAUACUGAAAACAAGCUGCUCUCUAUGAUAACCACAAAAUAUUCCACAGUAGAAUUACAUGUGGUUCGUUAACAUUGUAUAAAAUACAAUGUGUUACAAAAAUACUCCCCGUAAAAUUAAUACAAAUAACUUUCAGAUCUUAUCUUAUUUUGAUAUGAAUAUCACAUAAUUUGUUAUGAAUAUUUGCUCUGAGCAAAAUGUUUAUUCCAUUAUUUUUAAUUUUAUAGCUUUAAUUUUUGUCUCAAUUUAUUUUAUGUUACUUGAAUUAUUUAAUAAUAUGAUAAUCCGUCCAUGAUAUGAUAGUAUUAUGAUUUAAAAAAAUAUAUAAUCUAUUAUCAGUUAAGGUAAUUUACUUUUUGUGUACCUGGAAUUAUUUUUACUAUUUCUUUUACAAUUUAUAUAAGAAUGGCAUUAUAAAUUUUUUCUGUGUUUUUUUUUAUGAGCUGCAUUUCAGAUACAUAAUAUUAUACAUAAGUCAUGUAGAAAAAAAGUAGACUGGUUUUUUAACUUUGAAUAUAUGGGGAUACUUGAAACCAAAGGAGAAGCUUUUCAAGGAAACAUUUAAUUUUUUUGUGUAAAAACACUGGAAAGUCAAUUGUUUCGUUAAGCACAAAUUAAAUAUAUUCAAAGAAAAUAUAUUCGAAGAUUCCAUAAAAAUAUAUUCAAAGUUAAAAAAAUGCCAUACCCAAAGUGUGAAGAGUUAAAAUUAUAAUUAUUGUCAAUAUAUAACAAUUAGGUAGUUUUAAUAAAAUUUGUACACACGAGUGCAGUAACUAACCAAGAGCUAAAUCUUCUAUAGUAUUGUAUAGUAUGCUUUUUGUGGCAAAUUAUUAUAAUACUUGACAGAUAACAAAUUAUGAUUGAAACUUGAUUGCAAUAUUAUAACAGAUAAUAAAUAUUGACAGUCCCAUAAAUAACAAGCGGUCUGUUAAUAACAGACAUUUUGCAGGUUGAAUCAAUAAAAUAGAUGAUGCCAAAUAUUUUUCUAUUUGUUUUUAUAUUUACCAGCUCAGUACUCUUAUCACAUUAAGACAGAAUCAUGAAAUUAAAAAUGAAAUUCAGUCUUUCCCUAUAUCUAAAGCUUUUUCAUUCCUAAAGUCAACACUGCAUGUAAUUAUAUAAAUUACUAUUAUUUACCUAUUGUAAUCUCUACUGUUGUUUAAGAAUAUGUUAAAUACCUAUUUAGUAUUUCUUUUUUUGUUUUACAAAUUAUACUAAUAAACUUUUUUAAAGAAAUUAUU